CCCUCUUCCCUCCUUAAAAGGUCAGAGCGCCGCUGCGUGGCCAGCACACCCAGUGUGGGGCUCCGACGCCAAGGAACAAGACGUGGGGAUCCAGGUUCUGUCUUCCCUUCUGGCGUGGUGUGGCCUGGACUCGGCCUCGGUUUCCCCACCCCCGGGGGAGUGGGGACUGGCACUGAAGCGGGAGUCGGGAGGGGGCGGGGCCGCACUCCAGACGGGCCGCUUCGCCCAGGGGUUUCGUUUCGAGGACCACUCCCGGCCCCACCCCACGAUGACUUCCCACGUCCUCCUGUUGCUUCUCGCCUCCUCCAUCCUGGGGGACCCGGACUCUGCGGGCAGACGGCCCCUGCAUCAGGUCGCCCAGAACCGCAGGCGCCUCUGUUCCCUGGGCACAUGCCAGACGCACCGCCUGCCAGAGAUUAUAUACUGGCUCAGCUCUGCCUCCGCCAAAGAGCUCUCAGGGAAGGCCGGCCGCGAGCCCCAGGACCCCCACAGCUACGGGCGCCGCCGUAAGCGCGACGCCAGAGUCCUGCUCCGUCUCUAUGACCCUGGCCCGAAGAAAAGAGGCCAGCGCAGUGCCCGGCUGGCUGGGUGACGUCGGGCACGUCCCUGUUCCUCCUCUGGCCUCAGCUUACCUACCUGUGUAUUGGGGCCACGAUCCCAAGUUUCUUUUGCCCUCCAUCUCCUGGGCUCACUCAGAAACUGUCUCCCCCCGGCUGUGACUGGGCUGGACUCGGUGCACACCGGACCUAGCAUGUACAAAGAAUACUAUCGUCCAGAGCCUAAUAAAAACGAGUUUCACGUUUCA